AUGCACAUAUCAAAAGCUAGGGAGCGAUUAGCUUUGCCCAAUCUUUCUCAAAAAUACAAAUUUAAAGACGCGUCAUUAGUUUAUUUAUUAUCAAAAGCUAAGCAUAAAUUUUCUUUGAAUGAAAUCAAAGAAAGAAGAAAAUGGAGAUUAAAGGCAAAAAAGCUUAAACAUUCCACAACAAAAUUGAAGGAAACAUUCUCAUUAUAUGAUAAAGAUGGGGAUGGCAAAGUUGAUCCAUCAAAUCUUGGUGUUAUGAUUCGAACUUUGGGUGGUAACCCAACAGAAGCCCAAGUAAAUGAUAUUCUAACCAAAGAGAAUUUAAAUGGGCCGUUUGAUUAUGAUAGAUUUGUGGAUUUGAUUAAGAAGCAUUUAUGGGUUAGGCCCAAAAAACAUGAGCUACAUAAAGCCUUUAAAGUUAUUGAUAAUGAUGAUGAUGGGUUUGUUGAGGUUACAAAACUUAGACAUAUUUUGACAACUAUGGGUGAGAGUUUGGAUGAGGAAGAAUUUGAUGACUGGAUCCAAAGUUUAGGUGUUAAUAAUGAAGGGAAAGUAAGUUAUCAAGAGAUUAUUUCUCCUAUGGUGGCUUCUCCUUCUUGA